CCUGUAGGUCACCGUUACCACUAGUAGCGUUAUAUACAGCCUUUCACUCUGAUAGCAUUGGCAAGUGUUGGUGUGUGUUGACGAACGUGUGGUGGUGCUGGUGGUGGUGGUGAGAUGUUGAUAGCACCUUGAACAGCACUCAAAAGUAUCCUGAUUAGCACUUAACAAGACCCCAACACCGCCCUGAACAGCACUCUCAGCAGCAUCCUGAACAACACUUAACAGCAUCCUGAACAGCACUUUCAACAGCACACAGAAGCAUCCUGUUAACACUCAACAGCACUUAACAGCACUCGACAGCACCCCAACACAGCCCUGAGCAGCACAUCAACACCACCCAAAACAGCACUCAUCACCAUCAACAAUGUCAGCUGAUCGAACGUCAACACAUCCCCUUCAUAGACCUCUCCUGGUGGUGACGUUGAGCCUCCUGGUGGGGGAGUCUCUCUCCAUCACCAACCUCUACGACCCUGUGGAGGAUAAGGUGGUGAGGCUCUACGAUGAGGAGUACCAGAGGGGUAACUACACUACAAUAUACUGGCAUGAGUCUCAGCUUGUAGAUUCCUGGGCUAGUCUACAUCAGAGUGGCAUUUGGGUGUACUACAGCGAGCAACACUUCCAGGGUAAGAACGUGACGGUGGUGUUUGGUGAUGACCUCGCUAUCAACAUGCAUCAUCCUGUGGGGUCGGUGAGAUACGCUGGGAACGCUCGCCACAGGACCCUGCCAGCUGUCCUCCUGUAUGAUCAAACCUGGUUCAGAGGCCACGAGUUUUACGUGGAGCUGGGUGAUGAGGACGGCCUGCUCUUGGUACCAAACUUCCGUACACUGGGCAUGAACGCUCAGUCCCUCAUCAUCGUCGGUGCUGAGUGGACAUUCUUCAGACAACAGAACUUUCGAGGACCCACGUGUUUGUGCCUACGACCUACUCACUUCUCCAUGACCUCGGGCAAUGACCAGGCGAUGUUGAGAGCCUCGUUCUACCCAGACCUGAAGGACCUGGGACCUGUGGGUAGUGUGAUGAUGACCUGUGACACGCCCAUGAAGAAAUACUGUCAGCAGCUGUCAGAUGAGGGCAUACACAGGAGCCGAUGUCCAAUUCUUUCCAGUAGUGGUGUAAAUAUGUGUGGUUGAUGAGGUGGUGUGGUUGAUGAGGUGGUGUGGUUGAUGAGGUGGUGUGGUUGAUGA